AUGGCCGCACAAAAGAUUGACGGCACUGCCAUUGCGAAGAGCAUCCGGGAGCGCCUGGGUGCAAAGAUCAAGGACAAGCAGGCAAAGAACCCGCGGUACAGGCCCAGCCUGAAGAUUGUCCAGGUUGGCGACAGGUCAGACUCCAGCACCUAUGUGCGCAUGAAACUCAAGGCCGCAGAGGAGGCCAAUAUCGACUGCGAGCUUGUCCACCUGCCCGACGAUGUGACCGAAGCUGAGCUUCUGUACAAGAUCGAACAGUACAACAACGACCCCGCUGUUCACGGCAUUCUUGUCCAGCUGCCCUUGCCCAAGCAUAUUUCCGAGCAUACCAUCACAUCGGCCGUUGCCGAUGAGAAGGACGUCGAUGGCUUCGGUAUUCAGAGCAUUGGCGAGCUGGCCAAGCGUGGCGGCAAGCCUCUCUUCACGCCAUGCACGCCCAAGGGUGUCAUGGUGCUGCUACAGGAGGCUGGCAUCGACAUCAAGGGCAAGAACGCCGUUGUGCUGGGACGCAGUGACAUUGUGGGAAGCCCAGUCAGUUACUUGCUGAAGAAUGCCGAUGCGACUGUUACUGUGUGCCACUCUAGAACAGCCGACCUCCCAGAGGUCGUUCGUCGCGCAGACAUUGUCGUUGCUGCUAUUGGCAAGGCCCAAUUUGUCAAGGGAGAUUGGCUCAAGCCCGGUGCCGUUGUCAUUGAUGUUGGCACAAACUUCAUUCCUGACGAGACCAAGAAGAGCGGCCAAAGGCUCGUAGGAGACGUCGACUACGAGUCAGCCGUCGAAGUCGCAUCACACAUCACACCAGUACCGGGAGGUGUCGGACCCAUGACCAUCGCCAUGCUGCUGCAGAAUCUGGUCGACUCAGCCGACGCGACCUUUGACAGGGAGAAGAAGCGCAAGAUCACGCCUCUUCCCAUCAAGAUUGAAGACCCGAUACCCUCGGACAUUGCCAUCUCGCGGAAGCAACACCCAAAGCAGAUCACCGCUGUCGCAAAGGAGGUCGGCAUUCUGCCCCAUGAACUGGAGCCAUACGGAGCCACAAAGGCCAAGGUUGAUCUCUCUCUGCUGAAGCGUCUCGAGCACCGCAAAAACGGCAAGUAUAUUCUUAUUGCCGGUAUCACCCCCACGCCCCUCGGAGAGGGCAAGUCUACAACCACGAUUGGUGUAGCACAGGCUUUAGGCGCGCACCUCGGCAAGAUAUGCUUUGCCAAUGUGCGACAGCCCAGUAUGGGACCUACUUUCGGCAUCAAAGGUGGUGCUGCUGGUGGAGGAUACAGUCAGGUCAUUCCCAUGGAUCAGUUCAACCUCCAUCUCACUGGUGACAUUCAUGCCAUCACUGCCGCGAACAACUUGCUUGCCGCUGCUAUUGAAACGCGCAUGUUCCACGAGAACACACAAAAGGAUGCUGCGCUAUACAAGCGCUUGGUCCCAGCUAAGAAGGGCAAGCGUGAGUUUGUGCCUGUCAUGUUCCGCCGUCUCAAGAAGCUUGGGAUCGACAAGACAAACCCAGAUGAUCUGACCGAAGAGGAGAUUGCCAAGUUCGCCAGGCUAGACAUUGACCCUGAGACCAUUACUUGGAGACGUGUGCUUGAUGUCAACGACAGACAUCUACGCAAGAUCACCGUUGGACAAGCACCCACCGAGAAGGGUCAGACUCGUGAGACUGGUUUCGACAUCUCAGUUGCCAGUGAGUGCAUGGCCAUCCUCGCUCUCAGCAAAGAUCUUUCAGACCUCCGGGAGCGCCUGGGUCGCAUGGUCGUCGCCAGCUCUCGUGCUGGCGACCCCGUCACCUGCGACGACAUUGGCGCGGGUGGCGCCUUGACUGCUCUGCUGGUUGACGCCAUCAAGCCCAACAUGAUGCAGACCCUUGAGGGCACUCCUGUAUUUGUGCACGCCGGUCCAUUUGCAAACAUUAGCAUUGGUGCUUCUUCAGUCCUUGCGGAUAGGAUUGCUCUCAAGCUGGCUGGUACCGAGCCAGACGAGGAUCACGAUGCGCAAGCCGGGUUCGUCGUGACUGAGGCUGGCUUUGACUUCACCAUGGGAGGUGAGCGCUUCUUCAACAUCAAGUGCCGAUCUUCCGGCCUCGUGCCCGACACCGUUGUCAUUGUUGCUACUGUCCGAGCCCUUAAGAACCACGGUGGCGGUCCGGACAUCAGCCCCGGUGCUCAACUGCCCGAAGUCUACCGUACCGAGAACAUUGACAUCCUCCGCGCUGGCUGUGUCAACUUGAAGAAGCAUAUUGAGAACGCCAAGGCAUACGGAGUUCCCGUUGUUGUGGCCAUCAACCGCUUCGCUACCGAUACCCAAGCCGAAAUCGAUGUUAUCCGAGAAGAAGCCAUUGCUGCCGGUGCCGAAGACGCCAUUCCAGCCAACCACUUUGCCGAGGGUGGAAAGGGCGCCGUGGACCUUGCCCAAGGUAUUAUUGCUGCAUCCGCAAAGCCCAAGCCUGACUUCAAGCUUCUUUACGACACAUCUAGCGGCACUGUGCAAGAGCGCAUGGAGACGAUUGCCAAGCGCAUGUACGGUGCUUCUGCCGUCGAAUUCUCUGAACUCGCACAAAAGAAGGUCGACACGUACGUCAAGCAAGGAUUUGGCAAUCUGCCCAUUUGCGUUGCAAAGACCCAGUACAGUCUUUCCCACGACCCAAGUCUCAAGGGCGCACCAACGGGCUUCACCGUCCCCAUCAGAGACGUGCGCAUGGCAGCAGGUGCAGGAUACCUAUACGCGUUGGCUGCUGAUAUUCAGACAAUCCCUGGUCUCCCCACUGCACCAGGCUAUCUGAACAUUGACGUUGACGUCGAAACUGGCGAGAUUGACGGCAUGUUCUAG